GACAGAUCAUGUUUUCAGCUACAACCCUAAGAUGUGAAGUUAGAAUGAAGAGAACCUUCGCCAUUGAACAAAUCAUAGUACUGUCGGCAGCUGGAUUUGUAGCUCUUUUGGUGCUUAUCGGAACGACUGGAGAAUUCAUCAUUCGCAGAAAGAAUAAGGAGCCCAUAGAUGACAUUUUCUUGCAAAAGAAGGGUAUUCUUGUUCAAUCUCUGCUGGCUUUCUCCUUCACAAGUAACAUCCAAAAGUUUGUUUCCUUGAAAUCCAACGAAAGUCCGAGGAUAGCAUGCAUACGGGGACUAAAGUUCAUAUCUGUGUGUCUGUAUGUUGUCGUAUGGACAUAUGCAACACCUCAAGAUUUUCAUUUUCUGAAAUAUCGUAGUGCAUUCCAUUUCCAUAAAUUCAUGGAAGAGUGGUGGUUUACAGUGUUUGCUAAUGCCUCUGCAGGAGUUGACACCUUGUUUUUAAUCGCGGGACUGCAAGUGUCGUAUGGACUAUUUAAGAAAAGUGAAGCCGGAAAAGUUAAAAUUAGUAUUCCUAAAUUUAUUGUAAAAUGGUACACCAGGUUUGCGUUUUCACAAGUUAUCGUCAUUGGUUUGUUCUUGUGCUUACCAUUAGUGGGCAACGGGCCAAUCUGGGCUGAUGUUGUUACUCCAGUUGUUGAGAAUUGCAAGAAAAGAUGGUGGUUAAAUGUUCUGGCACUCAACAACUUCUGGUCUUCAUCUGAAACAUGUCUUCCACACGCAUGGUUAAUUUGUGCUAUGAUGCAUAUGCUGUUCUUAGCUCCCGUUUUACUAUUAAUUCUCAGCAAGUGGACAUCCAUUGGUGUUUUUGUAAAUAUCAUCCUCAUUCUGGGCAGCAGCACAGCUAUUGCAAUGGUGACAUUGAUGAACGAUCUACCACCAGCACCAGCAUUUUACUUCCUUAGUUUUAUAAAUUUAAAAAUAAUUUGGGACAAAGUUUUCAUUCAAGCCUACGACCACAUUGGCGCAUUUUCCAUCGGAAUGCUUUUGGGUUUCUUUCUGAAUCGCUGCUCUGAAGUAAAACUAAGAAAGAGCUCUGUUACAUUUGGAUGGUGUGCUGCAAUAGCUUGCAAUUUAGCUGUUAUGUGUGGAUUGUACGGUUAUCGCAAUGGAGAAGCCAUGCAAAUGACAUUAUCUGCAAUUUAUGCAUCAAUUCACAGAAUUGGAUGGUCCCUUGGCAUUGCAUGGAUUGUAUUUGCAUGUGCUUAUGGUUAUGGAGGAUUUGUGAAUUCUAUUUUAUCAUGGAAAAUCCUAAUUCCCUUUGACAGAAUAAGCAAUUUUGUAUAUUUGCUGCAUCCUCUGAUUUUGUUUUUACAUGAAGGUCAACUCAGAGAAAGAAUAUAUAUGGCUCAUUUAGAUCAAGCUAUGUAUGCUACAGCAUAUAUUGUCUUUACUGUAGCCAUUGCAGCAUUAUGUUAUGUCUGUUGCCUUAUUCCAUUCAUGUUCUUUGAGAAAGUUGUAUGGGAGUAUGCAUCACAUUUUGGGUGCAGUACAAGAACCAUAGACAAAACAGAAAACAAAAUCAAAGACUGUAUAUCAACAGUGAUAGAUAUAUGCCCAGAGAAGGAAAAAGCUGGAUAUUCUCAAAAAUUUAAAAAUGUCAUAAUGGAAAAAGACUCUAAAGCUUUUAAAACCUAGUAAUUAUUUAUCAUAUUAGUUCCAGUUGUAAAAAUUUAUUGUACAUACUGUAUAUAAAGUAUUGUAAAAAUGUGC